CCGAAAAAGAAUAUUUGUACACAGAACAAAAAUACAAAAAUUAAAAGAAUUAUUUGACUAUUUGAAGAAUCAGUUCAACAUUAUAAAAUCAGUUCCCCAAAUUGUAGCUGCAUGGCAGAAAUUGGUAUCCCAAUUUAAGAAAGCCGAUGAAAAGUUAUCGACUGGUUCUGCAGCUGAUGAAAAAAAUGAUUUUCCAUACUAUGAGUCGUUGUUAUUUUUGAAACCUGCAAUCAAGCAUAAAAAGCCUUUGUCGAAUCUCAACGUGCAACCAACUUUAAAUGCAGUACAUUAUGGAAAUGCAGGCUACAUGUUCAACGUACCCACAGGAGGAUCAGCACAACAGACAUCACCGUUACCUAUUAAUAAACCAGUGAAUUAUUAUUUUUCAACUUUAAGUCAUGAAUAUUCAUAUUUUAAUACAAAUGAUACUGCAUCUUAUUCUGGAGCUUCAUUGCAGUAUCCAACAGCAUCUUUGCAUUCUUCUGAAGCUUCUCAAUACUGGCAAACUGCCUUGCAGCAUACUCCAAAUGAUGUUGUCGUACCUCCUCCUCACUCUUUACCUUAUAUACCCAGGCCUUCGUCAUCAACAUCCACUGCUGUAUGUAUGCCAGUAAUCACUCAGCCACAGUUCAUUCCUUUUCCACAAUCAACACCUGCAACCAACUUUAAUAAAUCAAACACUGCUGCUAGGGAAGAACCUGAAUACGACAAUUUUGCCAAAAAAAAGAUAAAACUUAUGAAUAAGGAUGAUCAAAAUUUGCAAAAAAUAAGUAACAUUAUUGUAACAACGUUAGAUAAUUUAAAGAAGAACUUUCAAUCAACCAAUGUCGAGCAGCCAUCUUCAAAUCCUUAUUCAAAAUUAUUGACAAUAGCAAUGUCUAAGGUACCAGUUGAACAACAAGAUGAGUGUAUGGAGUAUGUUCUUGAAGGAAUGAUAGAGUUCAAUAAGCGUUUCCAAACUACUAAAGAUGAUAAGUAUAAUUAAUUUAUAAGUAAUUAUGUUGUAUACUUUUGGGUCGACUCUAACAAUUUUGAAGUUUAUAUUUAUUUAUAAUUUACAAGUAUUCGUGUAAUUUUCAAGUAUUCUCAUGCACAAGUUAAUCAAUGUAUUAUUUGAUUGAAA